AUGAGCCGUGGGAAUGAGCAUGCGAAUGCCAAGUCCAUACGCGAGCACAAUGCCGCCACAUUCCAGAAAUACAAGAAGAAGCUCGUCGACGCCAACUUGCAGAGCGACCCGGUCAAAUGGGUCAGACUUGCGCAUACACUUGUCGAGUUUGUGUGCGACGCGCGGAUCUACUAUGAUGAAGCGCGGCCUGACAUAGUUGACUGCGUCGAAAUUGCGACCGGCGCCGUGCAGAACACAGUGCCUGGAGAAUUGAGGCAUUUACGUCCCAUCACACUAUCCCAUUUGCCAGAGGCGUACCGUCCAGCCUACGAUGAGCUCAAACGGCUACUGGUCGUCGUGGGCAGUUAUCAGCCCGAGAUGCUUCGACCACCCAAAGGAGGCGACGCACGGCCCGACCUUCUCUCCAGAAUAACAUCCUGUAUUGCUGCAUUCGGAAUCGACCCGGACUCUCUGCUCGACAAAACCUCUUUGGAGGCGGCUAUGCAGAGCGUGGUCCUGGACGAGAAAUAUCGACAGAUCAUCGCGAAGAGCAUCGCGAAGAGGAAACCCGACGCUGUAUCUGUCGUUUCGUCUACACGUUCGACACCGUCGCUUGCCACACCGGUUCUGUCUGCAGCUUCGCCACACACAACUGCAUCGCCGCAAGUUUCGGCGCCCAUCACUCCUACUGCGUAUUCCGGGCCCACACCUAUACCCAUGCAUGUCGCCGCACCACACGCCCCGUUACAAAUGCUCACACAACCCACUUUACCGUCUUCCACUACGCCGACUGGCCUUGUACCACCCGUACGCCCGAAUAUAGGCGUGUCGAAGCCUCGUAAGCAACCGAAGUGGAUGGCUCAAGACCUCGAUAAGUUUCGCAAGGAGAAGGAGAAGAUGGCUAACUCUGUUCACGCGACUGUGACACCGACUCCCCAGCCUCCUAUGUCCCCGGUGGUCUCCCAACAACCCAUUCCCACACAGGUGCAGCGCCUCGCCGGCCCACCUAUACCUGUAGCGACUCAGUCGCCCGUAACGCAGGUCAUAUCGACGCCCACGACUACGACCAUGAGUCCUGCAGCACCUGCGCCUGCGUUAAAUGACCGUGGCCCGGCUGCCGACCAUCAACCCUCGGCAGCGCCCACAAACUUGCGCCACACUCAGGCGGCCGAUAUCAGGCAACUAGAAGGGGCUGAAAUCGACACGAAGGCAUCCGAGGGAAUGGAUGUCGAUACACCUCUCCUGGAUGAACCUACGCCUCUCGAUGACAAACCUCUGCCCUAUACGCUACCUCCUCAACCAUAUCCUCAUCCCUCGACGCCAACCUGGAGCGAGCUCUUCGCCGAAGCCAUCAACGCGGCUCAUGAACAUAAAUUGUCUAUCGGAGAAAUGAUUCGAUACGUAUCCACCGUGUACCCAACGCUCAAAGGCACAAAGAACGCAGCUAGCGCCAUGUUCCACUCGAAGAUGGCUAAGCAGACCGGGAAGUCGUCGACGCUAUCUGGGACUGUGAUGGACGACUUUCACGCUACGAGGCACGUGUCUCAUAAGGCGCCACGCUUUGUGAGGACGGCAGAUGUGUACCCCGUUACUUGGACUCUGGAGAACCCAGAAGAGUCGAGGUCGGAAGCGCCCAAUACCGAUGCCGCAGAGACCGAAGCUGCUGGUACUGGUGAAACCUCACCUGAUUCUAUCAAACAAGAACAGGUAGAAGCGCCUGCCGAGGAUGCCCCGACUCCCGCCACUACACCGUCGCUUCCAUACGCACUUCCUCCGGGUCCAUAUACGCCCAUAAAGCCGUCGAAAGCCUUGCCCGUCUUGGUGCAAGAAGCCAUUCUAGCCGGCACCCCCGACAAAGCUCUUAGCCAGCCGGACAUCAUCUCCUACAUCCGCACCGUCUAUCCGUUCUACGCGUCAACUCCGGACCUCGAGGCCGAGGUUACAACCUCUCUACAACAGCAUUUCGCCCCCAAGGAUGACGGAAGGUGGUCACUCUGGAUACACGACGGUUCGGACGAGGAUCGGCCAGUUCCCUACACACUCCCCCCGGGCCCGCGCUCCUCAACAAAACCGAAUAAGCCACUACUGGACCUUAUACGCGAGGCUAUCUCCGCCUCAAACGGGGGACACCUUACGCAGCGUGACGUCGCGGCGUACGUCCUGUCUGUCGCGCCGUAUUACAAUUGUUCGGAUGAGCCGCUUCCGUUCGGGCAGCUCUUGCAGGAACACUUUGCAGAAUGUGGAUCUGAUGCGGAGGGUCGCACUUUAUGGGGUGCCAAGGAUGAGGCGCCCGUCACAGAGCCCCGCCCUGUUGACGCUGUGCCAGGAGAUGGGCCGAUGGUCACAGAAGAUGCCGUGCCUAUCCAGGAUCCCGCCAGACCGAAAGCUGCACAAAGUGAUGGCAGAUCUUCUUCGCGCCCGCCCAAGUACAAGGGACCUCCCAAGAGCGCCGCUGUCAUCGACAGCGAUGAGGAAUCCGAUCUCGAAACGCCCAUCACUCCCUCAACAGCCGACGUUCCACCCACCGUACAGUCCUCAGUUACACAAGGACUUCCUCCGCAACCCCGCUCCUCAUCUGCGUCACGGCUUUUCGUGCUACCGCCCGGCCCGUAUACGUCACACAAGCCGCCCAAGACGAACGAAGCGGUCGUUCUCGAGGCUUUUCGCGCAUCCGUCACCGGCCAACUGCGGAAGAAGGAGAUCGUGCUCUACAUCCAAACGGUGUAUCCGUGGUUCCGGCGCGACGAACGCGCUACAUUGAGUUGCAAGAAGAUGGUGGAGAACUCUCUUACGAGGCUGAAGGGUGCGGCAAUCACGCGUAUUGGCACGGGGCUGUAUAGGUUCAACAGCAUGGAGAACGUCGCUGGACCGUCGAUCAUGAACGGGCGUGGUGUUACCAGGGAUGAAGACAUGGACGACAUCGCGCGGCCGUCGGCGCCCAAGUCGACACACCCUGACCCCUCCCCGGUCUUGAAAAUACGCAUCCCCGCGCGACAAGUUUCUGGCGACGCUUCUGCACCAGCACACAACAAACGCUCGGCUCCUUCACCGAGCCCAGCACGGUCGGAGUCGCCAGCCAUGCCGAAGAGGAUUAAGUUGAAACUACCAGAUAGACCGGGGGUCGCGACCAAUAGUGACACGCUCGAAGCCUCAUCGAGUGCAACAUCAGCCGACAACGCACCGAGACCGAAGACAAACGGUAUCCACCCCUCUGAACCUGAUGUCGCCGUAGCCAAGACGACUGCGCCGUCAGUCGAAGAGCGCCCCGAUGUCGAGAUGCAGGACGGUUCAGAAGUAGCGGAAGUACCUGCUCCGCCACCCUUACCGCCCGUCUCUUUUGGACAAGACGCGUGUCUGGUCGACGUUGCGUUUGGUCGGCCCACGACCGCGUCGUUCACAUUGCAUGUGAACCCUCGUCCUGAACAGUGGGCUAUGGUCGAAAAUUGGCGGAAUGCCGCACGCAACGACGAAGACGUGUCCGAGGCACUCUGCUAUUCCAUGGCUUGCUAUCGCAGUGAAGAUGUACACUCGCUGAAGGACGACGUGGUCAUCGACAUUUGGGGGAAUACGCUCGUCCGCGGCGAGAUCCCGGUGUCGCUUCACAACCCAGCUCUACAUUCGCUCUGUCUGACCGGCAACGGUCGAACUGUACCAUUUCCACUCACUUGGAUGUCGGCGACCGCAUCGCCACUCUUCCUCGACAUAUCUCCCUAUCUGGUUCCCGGCGAUAACGUGCUGACGCUCGCUCACACCAUCGACCUCAGCGCCUUCACGUUUGCGAUUGUCGCGCAUCGGCCUAAUCCCCAUCAGUUGCGAUGGUUGGAUGUACGGCGCGGGCCUCGGAGGCGGUUGCACGCGCAGAUCAGCAAUGCCAUGCAUGUUCCACAAACCGAUUUCGGAGCGCUGCUAAUAUCUAGCAAGGAUGUUUCGAAGGUGGAUCUGGAACGCGGUGUCCCACAAGAACUAUUUACUCUAUCUUGA